AUGCUAAAUCCUAACGACUUACCAUUCUUUGAUCCUACAAAGGACGAAAAGGUUGCCGUGAUAACGGGUGGACACAGUGGAAUAGGAUAUUAUACAACGCUACAUUUGUACAUGCAUGGUUUUACAGUAUAUAUAUGUGGGAGAAACUCUCAUAAGGUACAUAAAGCAAUUCGAACAAUAAUUGACGAGGCAACAAGUAGGACAAAUACAUUACCCUUAGAGAUAAGAAAACAAAAACGAUCAUUCUUUGGAACGAUACAUUAUAUACAUAUUGACCUAACAGAUCUGAAAAGUGUAGAGCGUGCGACAUUAAAAUUACUAAGAUGUGUAACACAUAUUGAUGUGUUGAUAAAUAAUGCUGGUAUUAUGGCAGUUCCAUAUCAAACAACAAAGGAUGGGUUUGAAACUCAAUUACAGACGAAUUACAUAUCGCAUUUCUUGUUGACAAUGCGAUUAUUACCUCUAUUGAAGGAAUGUAAUGGAAGAGUAAUAUCAUUGUCCUCGUUAGGACAUCUAUUAGAGUUCCAUUAUUGGAAACUAAGUAAAAAAUGGAACAUUUGGCCAGAUAUAAUAUUUACGUGGUUUAGAUAUGCGAUCUCGAAGACAUCUCUUAUUCAAUUUACAAAGAUGUUAGCGAUCAAAAACCCAGAUGUAUUAUGUAUCUCAUUGCAUCCAGGUCUAGUGAUGAAUACAAAUUUAUUCAGUUAUUGGACCAGACUGCCCUUAAUAGGUAUAUUCUUCUGGGUUUUAUUCCAAGUGAUAGGAUUCUUCUUCGGUGUAUCUAAUGAACAGGGUUCAUUAGCCACAUUGAAAUGUGCAUUGAGUGAUAAUUUGUCUACUGAAGAAGAUAAUGGUAAAUAUUACACUACAGGUGGUGUAGAAUCUAAGAGUAGUUAUAUAGGAAAUAAUCUCGACGAUGCAGCAUCUACAUGGAUAUGGACGGUCCAUCAACUGAAGGAUAGAGGGUAUAAUAUAUAA